GUUGUGUUCCUCGUUGUUGUUGUUCUGCUGCUGCUUCUACACCGACGUGAUGCAACAAUGCUGUCCCUUCUACUGCCCCAGGGGCACAAGUGUUAUUAUGCACACACACACACACACACACACACAAGGCAUAGCAUGCAUGCAGCCCAGUGCUCAUCCACUUGGCAUGGUUGUGCGUCCGAGUGUGUUUGUGCGUCGAUGCACGUGAGCCCAGCUCCAAAGUACAAAGGAGGAUCAGCCGCGGACGGAGACAAAGUUGCAUUCAUCAUCUGGCCGCCGUGCUGCUACGUCUGACAGCGUGUGUGUGUGUGUGUGCAAGUGAGUGCGUGUGGGUGUGUUAGUCCCCGUCGGAUGAGCGCACGCGGCUGAGGAUGCAGCUGGGAGCAUGAGUUCUGACCAAGAGGAGCAUGACAUGGUCUGUCAGAAAGCUGUGACCCUGAUUGUUGACCUCUGCCUCCACAACAGCACCCUGGUGGACCAGGACACCUGCCAGAAUUUCCUCUUCCUGUUGUCCAGCCAGAGCUCUGACCACAAGGAUCAGGACGCUACUUUGAGCCUCCUGCUCGGCCUGUUUGUGGUCUGCGGCCUGGCUCUGUUGGGCCUCCUCACGUUCAUCUCCUGGAAGCUGUGCUCCGUACAUCUGCAGACCAAGGCCCGCUUCCAGAGUCCGUCUCUGAGCCUGGCCCCUGGCCCAGAGCAGUGCCCGCUCCAGCCACCGCUGUCACCGCCCAGCUCCCAGCAGCCGGCGGUCACCAUGGCGACAGAGAAGGUGAAAGACCCGAUGAACUCCAUGGGUUUCUUGGAGGCGGCGGUGAAGAUAAGCCAUACAUCUCCCGACAUCCCCACCGAUGUGCAGCUCUCCAUGAGGGAGCACUUCCUGCGUCGCACGCAACGCAUGCAGAGACAAACCACCGAGCCGGCUUCCUCCACUCGGCACAACUCUUUCAAAAGACACCUGCCCAGACAGAUGCAGGUGAGCAGUCUAGACCUGGGAAAUGACUACAUGGUGGACAAGGAAGAAAAGCCAACCAGCAUUGGUCGCAUCCAGCCGGAGCUGUACCAACAGAAGGCCGUGGAAUCGGAAGAUUCCUCCAAGAACAGCAACAAAAACUGUGGCACAAUAAACUUCUCUCUCAAGUACGACUACGAGAACGAGGCCCUGUUCGUCACUAUCCUCAAAGCGGUCGAUCUUCCUGCCAAGGACUUAUGCGGCACGUCUGACCCUUACGUGAAGGUCUACCUGCUGCCAGAUCGCAAGAAGUUUCAGACCCGCGUACACCGGAAAACUCUCAACCCCACGUUCAACGAGAGCUUCCAGUUUCCCGUGGCUUACGAUGAGCUGGGCGCCAGGAAGCUCCACAUGAGCGUCUUUGACUUUGAUCGCUUUUCCCGGCACGACAUGAUCGGGGAGGUGGUGCUCGACAAUUUGUUCGAGACGUCGGAUCUCUCCAGGGAGACCAACAUAUGGAGGGACAUCCAAUAUGCCACCAGUGAAAGUGUUGACCUCGGUGAGAUCAUGUUUUCACUCUGUUACCUGCCCACCGCAGGCAGACUCACACUCACUGUCAUCAAGUGCAGGAACCUCAAGGCCAUGGACAUCACUGGAUACUCAGAUCCUUAUGUCAAGGUGUCCCUCAUAUGUGACGGGAGACGUUUGAAAAAGAAGAAGACGAGCAUAAAGAAAAACACGUUGAAUCCCACCUACAAUGAGGCCAUUAUCUUCGACAUCCCACCCGACAGCAUGGACCACGUCAGCCUGCACAUCUCCGUCAUGGACUACGACUUGGUUGGUCAUAAUGAGAUCAUUGGUGUGAUGCGGUUGGGAUGCAACGCCGAGGGACUUGGCAGGGACCACUGGAACGAAAUGCUGGCCUAUCCACGAAAGCCCAUUGCACACUGGCACCCCCUGCUGGAGUCCAAAAAAUCUGAGAAGGAGUGGAAGGCGAGGACUGCCAGCUUUGACAGCCAAGGCUCCUGCCCCUCUCCCAGACCUCCCGCCAGUCCAUGAGCAGAGCCACCUGUGACCCAGCAGCCCAGAAGGGGGUUUUACUCCCUCCUGCUGAUCCACUUCCUGUCUGUCUGAUUGAGGAGAAACACAUACCUUCCCUCGCUCUUCCUUUCUCUUUCUCCCCUCCCCUCCCCCCCUCUCUCCUCACCUUUCUGUGUCCUCCCUUCCUCAAGUCUAGUUGCACAGCACUUCCAAGAACUGAUCCAGGGUCAGCGUCAGUCAGCUAGUUGUUUGAAGCGUGCCGUCUUUUCAGGUUAAAGUGCGUGAGGGUCCGUGAUUUGAAAUGUGGGCAUAGUGGUGACCCAGCGCUGACCCUUGCUGUCCUCAGAGGAGUCUGGCUGAACACACACUUCAUUUUGGGCUGGAGAAAAUCCAGGCUAAAGCAACCGAUCUGUGCCUCCUCACAGGAGACAUCCGCCGUGUGCUGCAGAGACCGUUUGAUGGGAAAGAAAGAAAGAGGCUGAAGUUCAACCAGGGAACCAAGGACACGUUUGAAGUUCAGAAAUAAAUUAUUUAAAAUUAAAUAUAAAAAAAAAGAACUCUACAGCUCUAUUGUGUUUAGUUUUACAGUGCUGUGAUGAAAAAAAUGGAAUCAUUAUUUGACUGUAGCAUUUUGGAGAUAUUAGAUGUAAAACUGCUUCAUCAGUCAUUCUGUGUGGAUGUCGACGCUGAGAUGAAUCUCGAAGCUCCAGCUGAGCUCCCGUACUUCUGAAUUCAACCGUGACAAAAGGCGAAGAAUUGAAAGAGAAAAAAAAAAAGAAUCGUCCACUUGACAUUUUAGAUUAUUGGUGUUAAUAAUAGAGCGUUAUGUGUCUGAAGUAUUAUUGAUAUUUUCAUUUUUCAAAACAAGCAGUUAGAAGGUCCAAUUGUCCAUUAGAGGCACAAAAAGAUUAUCGAUUUUUCUUCUUCUUUAAAGGACAAAGGAUGAGAUGGAAUUCAAUAUAAAAAAAAAACAUGACGCUUUGUCAAAGGAGAACGGGAAAAGUGAGCACACUUUAACACACCCUCACCUCUGUUUGAUGUUUUGGAGCAAAC